AUGCCUGAAGAGCUGGCGAUGAAAACAAGUGUGACAAAAGCAAUGCAGAGACAAAUGCCCAAUCCUAGCCUGAUAUCCAAUUUCCGCGAAGGUGUUUUUCUAAUACCUGACGUCAUAGACCAGGACCCUUCCCUUUUUCAAAACAUUUCUGAUGACCAACCGCCAUGGCCCCUGUAUGGCUUCUGUUGGCCUAAUCUCAUCACCUCGAAGCGCCCCUUUCCCCGUUCAAUUGUGCUGUGGCUAAGCCCUUGGUAUGCGCCCUGCCAUUCACGGAACAACCUCUACCCAGCGAUUACAAUCCAAUCCAGCUUGACUGAGCUCAAUCGGAGUAUUUGCGCAAAUUUUCGUGCAAGUGCUAUCCAUCCCUACAUUUACAGAUCAUGA